AUGCCAAAGACAACGCCAACAGCAACUCUGUUACAAAAAGUCAAGCUAAUGGAACGAUGUAUAUCUAGAAUAGGAAAACUGCUAUACAGAGGAUCAAUGCCUUCCUGCACACGACUUGGGGUGGUCGUUGUGCUUUUUCUGCUUUCGUUUUCUCAAUUGGCAGCACCCGCUUCAUGCGACGACUCCUCUUCGACUUUGGCCAUCCAACCUCAGCAAGUCUUGGAUUGGAUAUUAUUACACCCAGGUGCUAUUUUCAAUGAGAAACAAGAAAUAGAACGACGGAUAAGUGGAAGUGGUGGUGAAAGAGAAUAUGUCGUUCAUGCAAAACGGCCGAUACAAAAGAACGAAAUAUUGUUUCAGGUACCGUGGGAUCUGAUAUUGAGUGCGCCCGACCCCAAACCAAAAGCAGCAAAGUCAAUAGCGACAAAGGAUCAGAAAGAAUCAUUAACCAAAGAAACUACUAGUAAUUCUGAGGAGGACGAAGAAGACGAGGAAGACGAAGAUUCUGAUGACGAACCCCUAUAUGACGAGGAAGAAGACGAGAUGUUGGUCAACUGCGAGUUGGUGAAGCUGUUGCAAGAGGAGCUUAUCAAUCACCAAAACCGAAAAGGAACAGAAAAGACUUCAUCCUUGUUAGGGCCCUAUUUAGACUAUAUCACUUACAAGACCAAGCAACAAUCGAAAGUUCCGAGUACCUUUACUGAAGCUGGACAAGACCUAUUUGUGGAUCUCCUCUUGGACUGGGCACCAGAAGAAGAACGUGACCGCUUUAGGGCACCACCGGUCGACUCUAUUUUUGUAGCGUACGAGUGCAGUGCAGAAGAUGAUAGUGAGGAUGAUGAUGAAGACUACGACGAGAUGAUUCCAGAGACAAAAGAUGUCGUCAAGGAAGAAGACACCGUCGAGGUAUCCACCACAAUGUGGGUAGUUCAAAACUCUGACAAUCGGGUCCUAGUUCCAUUGGUACAGGAUCUAUAUCCCCAUGGUAAUGGCGCCAAUGCAAACAAUACCAAAAUACAGUGGAAGGAAGGCGAAUACUACCAAGUGUUGGCAUCGCGAGAUAUUAACGAAGGAGAAAUACUGAAACACUCGCUGAACUUGUGUAGUGGGUGUUUGGCGACCGAAAAGGGAAGGGCUGGGCGCCGAACAUAUGAAAACUAUGGAACAGCAGAACUGUUUCGCGACUAUGGUUUUGUCGAAGACUACCCACAGAUAUGGCUACUGGAUGACUGUACCUUCGAAAUUGAUGUUGUAGAUGCCAUUACUGCCAAGAAAGAGGGCUCUAGCCACAUAAUUGUAGACGGAAAGGAUCUUCAAGUUUCAUGGAUCACCCCCGUGCCUGAGGAGCAAGAACUCCGAAACGAAGUGAUCAAGUAUUUGUUUGGAUUACACCGGAGGUUAGUCCGUUCUAGAAAUAGGGCCGUCAACCUGUAUUACCCAGACACCACCAAGUCGGGCUUGCAAGACAGCGACGAUGACAGUGGAAGCGAAGACGAGGAGGAUGCCGCUGAAUACGAGUUUGAAUAUCCGACUAUCCCAUUCGAUGAGUGGGAUUUAAUGCUCAAAUACUACGAUACGAUCACCAGUGCAGUGGCAAUAGCUCACAACUCUCUGGUGUCUGAUUCGGCUGUAACUUCAGGCAUUAGUCCAUUGGCCGACUCAGGUCCUGAUACUACUGAAAGCUGUUCCUCGGAAAACGGCAUCCAGACAGCGAUAAGUCAUUACGACGAUUUGAACGCGGAAGAGGAUGAUUUGGAUUAUGUCACUCCCAAAUGUAGUGAGGAGGAAUGGAUGCAGUUCAGAAAGUAUAAGGAAAUUGAAUCAGUCAGAACACCCUACCAUCAGGUCAAUUUUUUCGGGGAACCUGAGACUGGCGACGUUUGCAUGAAUUUGGAUACCAGCCUGCAUAUCUGUACAUCCUACCGACCACAGCAUCAUGACAUGAUGGUACACUAUCCUGCCCGUUUCUUGAAAUCCAUCAAACGAGUUCUAAUUGUGGGGGGAGGAACCUCGAUGCUCUUGAAUGAAGUCUUGAAGUACAACACUUUGAAGCAAGUAGUUGUAUUGGAGCUGGACCAAACAAUCACUCGGAAGAGCUUCAAACACUUCCAUAGUCAGCCACACUUUCAUAACGAUCUGGUGGAAUGGUGGUUCGGAGAUAUUUCCAAGAGUCUGCUCCACUUGCUUCAUGGGGACUUGGAAUCUUUCGAUCUCAUUGUCAUCAACCAAGCGGAAGUAAUUCGUUCGGGGUCAGUUGCUCGGGGUUUAAACACAUUUGAGACUCUCGCAUUACUACUGAAAGCAGAUGGAGUGCUAGUAAAGAAUGGACGUCAUAUGGAUCAUUUUGGUGACACUUUUGAAUAUGCAGCCCACGUACAUUAUCAUGCACCAAAGAUUUGCAGCCAGACAAUAGUAUUUGCGAGCAAAACUGUGGACUUCAUUCAUCACGUCCAAAAAGAACAUGGAGUUGCCCAUCAUUUUUUACUAACAAUGGAUGAAAUGGAGGAUCAAUUUGACUAUAUGCACGAUUACCACAAAAACAACUCGCCCCGAAAAUGCACCUGGUCUCUUGCCAACAAGUCUUCCGAUGCUAGGGAUGCAACUAGCCCAUACAGCAUCCAUAGAGUCAUCGAUAUUGAGAACAUCUCAAGAUCAGACUUUGAAUUGAAAGAUCUGCUUCAUAAAGUCGCACGGAGCGCACGGCUGCACCCUGUUUCGACCCCCAUUGGCUCUGAAGGGGGAAAGGACAACGUGAGCACUGUGGUUCUCCUUGAAGAAGGAUACAUUUCUGCUAGAUUAUGGACUUCGGAAAGGUAUCUUGCAGUGGGAGUGAAUCUGUGGAGUGCUUACGACAAACUGGCUAUUCUCGAAGACAAGCUAGUACAAAAGCUGGGAACUAAAUCGAAGUCAUCGUUCCAAGUUUUCGUCAGUGCAAUGAACGAAUCCAUGCAGUCGGCGUUAUUGGAGCCAAAACAAAAAUGCGUAUCACAUCCGGUGGCUAAAAGGACAUCCAAUGUGGUAGGCGGAAGAGGGACCCUUCGGCCUGUGAUCACGGAGGUUCUAAACUUGGUAUUCUCUGAGCAGAUUGUCGCUGGCGUUGUCUGUCUCAGCCCAUCACGGCCAUGCAUGGCAAAGGAAGUGUUGGAAGCGAAUCCAAGAAUCAGCCAGGUUAUCGUGAUUUGGACUUGCACCAACAUACAAACGACUGAAGACAAACCGUCAACCUUGUCCAACAUGGUUGAAUGUGAGAGAAUCAUUCUGGAGCAGUUGGAUGUUACCAUGGACGAAGACGGCCUCUACUUUGAUAUAUUCGUUGUCGACAACAGUGCCCCACGUGAAAUGGCACAGAUAUUUAACAGUAUAUGGAGUAAUCCGAAGUACCGUGAGUGGUACCUUACUGAAAACAACAACAUUUUCCUCGGUAUCUCAUUGAGGCCGCCAGAAGAAAACUAUCACCGACAAAUGCUAGAUCGGUACAGAAGGCACAUCCGCUACGAUCCAAUCAAUCGUGCUGAACUCUUGAUCGAGAUUGAUGGGGCAAGAAUGGAAAUUGACGUUGUCUCUGCCGGGGAUGUAUACGCUUUCUAUAAUUUGCAGUUCAUCGAAAGCAGAAUUCAAAAGAAGAUUGGGAAAAUGGGCAAAGUCGAAGUGCAGUAUAUUCUGGGAGGUCAACGGGAAUACAAAGAGGACAACGAGUAUGAAGAGUUUACACACGAGCUAUAUAACGACGCCCAAAGUGUCAAACAUUACCAAACGCAAAAACCAUUGGGACGAGAGACAAUCUUUCAGUACGGAAUCAAUCCACCUCCAAACAAGCCAAUGACGGUGGAAAAGUUAACGAAACAUCUGCAACUGACGCUGGAAAAGGUCGGCUUCAAAGACGUAAAACUUUCAACGCAUUCGGUUGCGGACAAUGGCUUUGCCAUGGUAUACAGUAGUCAGAGUUUCAGUAUCAUUCUUGUCUGGAAUGGCAUGAACACUAUCAACGUCAAUCUCUUCAGUCGAGACACCAGCCAAGAUACUGCAAAUGAUUUCUGGGAGUCAUUUGAGCAGACUGCUGAUGGAAUCCCUUUCUUUCUCACCAAUAGAGACGAUUAUCCUCGAGGGACGGGGCGGGUGGUGAACUUUGACGAGGACAUCGUUCCUCUUGAUAACAAAUAG